AUGAUUCCCCGAGUUCUCCUCAUUUUCCUAUCUUUUUCCCAUUUUUCUCCCACAAAUCCCUUGAAUAUCCCGUUUUUGUCCUUUUUCCAACCGAAAAACGACACCUCACAACAACUGCAAUGCGACUGCCCCAUAACGCCGCCGGCCAUUGUCCAUUACGACAACAAAUUUCAAGCCGAAACCCUGGAGGAGGCGAUGAAAUCGUUCGAGGAUUUGCUUCUCCUCGACGAAAAGAAACCGCCGCUGCAGCAGGAGCAGCGCAGAACGGUAGGACUUGAAAGUGUUUUUGAGCGUUUUCUAGGGUGUCAUUACGAAUAUUUUGGUAUAGAGAGUAUGGUGAAGUGACGUAGUGAUAUCGAAAUCGAUGGAAAAUGCGAAAAUACGGCCAAAUCCAAAAAAUGGCAGCCAAAUUUUGAAAAGAUGGUCGAAAAACUGCGACCAAAUUUUUGGUGACGCCUUGGCCAUACCUUACAAGGCAAAUACUCCAAGUGCGACGCUCCGACUUUCUUUAAAUUUUGCACAUAUGCCGGACAUAGACUAAAUAUCAAUCCCUGAAAGUUUUAGCCUGCGAUUUGCACGAACAGCCGAGAUAUUGAACGAUCUUUGCCUCCGAGAAAGUACGCGAAACGCGGAGAGCGGUCAGAGAGAAAAACCCUUUUUUGGCCAUAACUUUGCUAGUUUCGUACGGAAAAAAUUGAUUUUUUGUGGAAACAUUACCUUCUAUGGUAGAAAUAGGCAUGAAACUUUUGGGGCCGAAAUUCGGCAAAAAAUGUCAUUUGCGGUCCUUUGUUAGUCGGAUCUACGAUUUCGCCGUGUUUUAUAAGAUUUGGCUAGAUUUUUCAACGUUUUCAAUGAGUUUCAGUAUCACAGACUAGCUUUUCACUAUUCUUAAUUGUAAUCAAGCGGACUCGCAGUUGAAAAACACCUAUUUUUUCAGCCAGAAAAGGACCGGGCCUGCUGGCAGCAUCUGGCGAACAAGUUGAAAAAAGUCGGUCUAAUCAAGGGCGCGGCGUCGCUGGUUCAAAACAACUUUAUCAACGAGACCUGUGAGCGAUAUCGGUUCACUCGGCCCAACUCGGACACCUUUGAAUACGACGAAAUCGACGGGUCAAGUUCGUCGAGUUCGGAGGAGGAUUGGGAAGAUAAAAUUAAGAAUAAAGUUGGUGAAAAAUGGCAAAAAGUCGUCGGUAAAUUUGAAAAAGUGAGUUUCAAGAGCGUUGGCAGGGAUUUAUUAGAGAGAUUUUUAUUCCUCUGGAUUACUGUAAUUUCAAAAAAUCUCGAUUUCAGUUAAAGGACAAAAGCCUCGAUUCAAGUGAAGAGAAGGCUCUAAAAGCGUUGCUACGGCAUAAAAGACAAGCCGAGGACUUGAUUGGCACUAGGUACUACUUGUCUUGCGUGAACAAGGGCUCCUCGCCGGAUGGCAGUAACGGCGAGCUGCUCACUCUCUGCACUCAAUGUUGGGCUUGGCGAGAACUGCCGAAAAAUUAUCUUCCGCGAUACCUGAACGAAUUGGUUUGUCAUGGAACGGACACGGAGUGUCUGGCUGGUAUGUAGACGCUUGUUUUAGGGGGAAAAUUGAAAAAAAUUGAGAUAAAUCACCUUGUUUUAGGCUAUGCCACCUGUUCGACCGGGACAAGGACGGUUGGAGUUGUCCGAAAUGACAGUGGAACCCUGACGACUGUGAAUAUUGCAUCAGCAACUUAUUGCGACUGUCAAAUCCGAGCGGGCACGGUGCUUUCGUCGCUGGUUACGGCCAGUCCCACCGACGCUCCAAUUCCCGGGAUUCCAGCGGCCGAAGCUCCCGCGCCAGACGCCGUAUAA